UCCAUUUGCUAUAUAUAUUGGCACUUAAUUAACACAGUGGCCUAAGCAGAAGCAUGUGCUAGCGAGGGAGGGAAAGCAAGGUAGUCUUCCUCUUCGUCAUCAUCAUCAUCGAUCAUCUCAUCAGCUUCAUCGCCAUGGAAGUGCUCCUCUCCUCCUCUUUCUUGCUGCUGUUCUUGGCCGCCGCCGCCUCCUCCUCCGCGCCAUGCGCAUCUGCGUGCGAGAGGUGCGUGCGCCAGGGGAAGGCUGCCUACUCGCCCUCGCUGCUCUCCCCUCUCCCUGCAGCUGCUGCUGGAUCAGGUGGUGGAGGAGGAGGAUGUGGGUAUGGGGCCAUGGCCAUGGAGCUCAAUGGGGGAUUCCUUGCUGCUGGGGGUCCAAGGCAGCACAGGGGAGGGCUUGGAUGUGGAAGGUGCUUUCAGAUGAGAUGCAGAAAUGCAGAGGUGUGCAGUAAUGCAGGCGUCCGCGUCGUGCUCACCGACUUUCACAGGAGCAACAGUACGGACUUCCUGCUCGGUGGGCCCGCUUUUGCGGGCCUGGCCAAGCCCGGGAUGGCCCACAAGUUGAAGAAUCUUGAUGCUCUGCCAGUAGAGUACAUAAGAAUUCCCUGCGAUUACAAGGACAAGAACCUGUCCAUAUUAGUGGAAGAGCAGAGCAAAAGGCCAAACAAUUUGGUCAUCAAGUUCCUUUACCAAGGUGGCCAAACUGAUAUCUUGGCAGUGGAUGUUGCUCAGGUUGGAUCAUCGGAUUGGCGGUUCAUGACCCGGGUCUACGGGCCCGUUUGGAGCAUUGACCGGGCCCCCAGUGGCCCGCUUCAGUUUCGGGCCGUGGUGACCGGUGGCUACGACGGGAAGUGGGUCUGGGCCGACCGGGAGGUCCUUCCUGCCAGCUGGCAGCCUGGCCAGGUGUAUGACACCGGUGCCCGGAUCGCUGACGUGGCAAGAGAAAGCUGCCUAGACUGCGCCACACAGGACUGGAAGUGAGAGCUGGACUGAAAGCGAGAACUGGGCUUCACCUGAGACCUGUCAUAUCUGGUACUGCAAUGCGAGGACCAGGAUAUGUAGAUACAAUCCUCAUAGGGUUGGAGAGACAGCUAGGGCUAGAAGUUGAAAAAAAACACAACACCCCCUUCCCUGUCAAAAACAAGAUAGAUGUUUAUGUGGGGGAUAGCUGUGAUCUCCUGUGUAGCCCUUUGAUUUAGUUUCUUCUUCUUCUUCUUCCCAUAUGCAUGUGUGUUCACUGAACCAUGCAUAUGCACAUGAGAGAUGUGUCAUCAGGAUAUGAAGAGAUGAUGGGCUCAGGGGAAUGUAAACAAAUGUAGCUAGCUACCCCCAUACUAAUUGCUAGAAUAAUUAAUGAACAUAGUUCCAAUGUUUUGUCCUUGGCA